AUGCCUGAUGCGGGAGCACAAGGGAAACCCCUGCACUGGAGUGGAACUCUGAAUGUAGAUGGGCUUGCCCUGAGAGCAGCCCGUGCGAAUCGAAACGAGUUCAUUGCGCAAUUGGAGGAUGGAGAAGAAUGGGGAUGGAGCGGCGUGUCUCGCACAGAACUGAAGUCGGUAUUGCCCAAUAUCCCGUUGUUCCAUCGCGUUUGGCAGAAAGUCAAACACUCAAGUGAGUCCACGUGCCUAAGCGAGAUCCCACAAACAAACGCUGUGUCUCUUCAGGUUUGGGGGUCCAACCUCCGUCAUCACAGCUUUGACUCCAACAGCCUUCUGUUGCCACAAACCCAUCAAAAUGGCCACUCGCAGCACACGUUGAACCGGAAAGCCCACCGAAACGGGAUCAAAAAGCCAAAAACGCAUCGCUAUCCCUCCCUUAAGGGCACAGAUCCUAAAUUCCGACGGAACCACAGACAUGCUCUGCAUGGUACUAUGAAGGCGCUGAAGGAGGUGAAGGAGGGCAAGAGAGAAUCCGCAUAA